GUCAAAUUAAAUUGUGAGACCGUAUCAUUCCUAGCUUGUUAUUAUUAUUCUCGUUCACAAAUUCCAAGUUUCGUCAGCCAAAUAAAAUUGCUUAAACCCCUUAAUUUUGCGUACAGGCAUGAUCCUGAGCACCAGUGUCAAGUUCCUGCGUUUGGCGCGGCUGCCAAUACGUAAUCUGCACCAGGGGCGGCUUCCCUCUGCCCGCCUGUUUACCGGGAAUCAGGCGAACUUCGUUUUGGAGUCGCUGGACAACCGCGAGCUGAUACGCGUCCACGGCUCCGAGGUCGUGCCCUUCCUGCAGGGUUUGGUGACUAACGAUGUGUCCAAGAUUGGGUCGGACGACGGACCCGCCUCGAUCUACGCCCACUUCCUGAACAAAGGUGGUCGCGUGCUUUUUGAUACGAUCAUCUACCGAACGAAUAGUCCGGACACUCUGCUGGUGGAGUGCGAUCGCGAAGCCGCUUCGGACUUGCGGCGACACCUGCGUCUAUACCGCGUCCGCCGGCGGAUCGAGGUCGACAGUGUGGACGACGAGUAUACAACUUGGGUGAUAUUAAACCCCAAGACCGCGCCGUCCACCCCAACUAGUUCGAAUGCCGAAAUAUUUGUGGUGCCAGAUCCCAGGCUACACGCUCUGGGUACACGCAUCCUGGCGCCCGCCGACAUGAGCAGGACCCAGCUGGCCAAGUGUUUCACCGCCUCCGGCACAGCUACCACCCCCACAGCAGAAAGCAACUACCAGCUGCUGCGCUAUACACUGGGAGUUGGCGAGGGCAGCCGGGAACUGCCGCCCGGCAAAUGCUUUCCAUUGGAGGCCAAUGUGGAUUACCUAAAUGGCGUGAGCUUUCAGAAGGGCUGCUAUGUGGGCCAGGAGCUGACGGCUCGCAUCCACCAUUCGGGUGUCGUUCGCAAGCGUUACAUGCCCAUCCGCCUGACAGCCCAGCUUGAUGCGAGCUCCAGCCAUGAUGUCACCUCCGUAGCGGGAGCAAAGGUGGGACAAGUUUUUGGAUCAGCCGGCAACUAUGGUGUGGCGCUGUUGCGGAUCGAGAAGGCUCUCAAUGGGCCGCCACUGACUGUCGACGGCGAGCGGUGCUUUACGGGUCGCCCGGAAUGGUGGCCCGAGGAUCUGACCAGGAAGCAUCGACAGGCGUUCGUUGAAUGACCCGCGACCUAAUUUUAACAUAAUAAUGCUAUCAUAUUACUAUUGCAUACAUAUAUUGUUAUUAGUGUAGUAAAGUCUAGUCCCGUCGAAAA